AUCUUCCACUUCACAGUCGAAGGGAUUUCACGAUGAUGCUGAGACCACAUAAGAAGCUUAAGCCGCCGCCGGCUCUCUCCGAUCAUCCCUCAACCCGUAGAUGGGAAGACUUAGACGUGGACUGCUUAGCAAACGUGUUGGCCAGAGUCGGAAUGGAGUCACUGCUUCUAUCUCUCCCUUUCGUCUGUAAAUCAUGGUACGCCGCCUCUCUCGAUCCCUCAUGCUGGAACAUGCUCUCCUUCCCAGACUUUGAGCCUUAUCCUCUGUUCAAUACUGUUCAUAAUACUAAUGUCGAGCCCAAGAGCUUCGGCGUCUUUUACAACAAGUUUGUAGAAGAGUACCAUAUCGACAACUCCCGGUUUUCAAUCACCGGGUUUAUAAAACUGGUCGUCGAUCGUAGCAAGGGCAAGGCUCUGGAGCUCAAGUUGCCUCGGUUUUGUACGGAAGAAGCGUUGAGAUAUGUGGCGGAUGCUUGUCCUGGGAUCAAGCGUCUCUCUUUUUCUGAUGACUUGGUGGUGUUUAAGCAUUCACAGAUUUUACCGGAGGUGAUUGGGAAGUGGAAGCUUCUGGAGCAUUUGAUUUUGGGUGGGAAUAUGGAGAAUUUGAUGGAGCAGUUUGGGGUGAAGAGUGGGGAUUAUUUGAGUAGGGAUUUCGAGGACAAGGUGCUGUCGUUGGACAAGGAGUUAUCGUUGGAUGUGAUUCCGGCUAGGAAUAAGAAUUUGCUUCAGAUUCUGGUGCAGGUUGGGAUUCACUGCAAGAGGAUAAGGAGUUUGCAUAUUUUGGAUGUCUGUGUUGGUGAAUAUGAGGCGUCGGCGAUUGUGAAAGGGCUGCCGAAUCUUGUGUUCUUGACUCUGGCGCGGUCUCGCAUUGAGCGGAAGGCCCUUGUUAUGCUAUUGGAGGGUUGCAAGAAGCUGAGGUGUUUUGAUGUUCGGAACUGUGAAGGGUUUCAGGCGGAUGGUGAAGAACUGCAGAAGCUUGGUUCUCAUAUAAAGGAGUUUAAGUGGACAUGGGAUCUGACUGGUUAUAAUCACUUCCAUGCGGUGAAGAUGGUUAUUUUAGCCCAGGCUAAACUGAAUCAGUUGAUGAGGAUGAGCCGUCGAAGACAGAAUAGGUGUUAGCUCAGCUAACAUCAACUUCUCAAUUGAUCUUGUGUCUCUGGAUGUAAUAUUUAUCUACAAUCUGAACUGAAGUGUUGAGUUUAGUAUCUUAAAUCGUUUGUGCCCAUGUUCUGUCCUAGUGUUUUUGAGCACUCAUGUUUUCAUCUAUUUCAAAUUGCUUAAGGCUGCUACCAAGA